CGAAGGGAAGACAGAAGGAAAGAAAGCUAUAGAAAGUGAAAGAGAGGAAGAAGACUGAGAGAGAGAGAGAGGGAGGGAGAGAGAGCACUGACAAGGCAAUACGAAGAAAAACAACAUCACAGGAUAGAUGGAUGGUUUACCGUUUACCUUAGUUUGUGAUUUACGGCUGGUGGGUUACUUACUGACUGAUUCAAUGGAUCGAUCAUUUGAUCAAUGGAUGGAUUGAUGCCCAGAUCGAAGGAUUGAUUGAGAAAGACACAGGAAAACCAAAGAAUAGUAAUAAUAAUAAUAACAACAAUAAAAAAAAAGCAAAUACAAAAACAAGAGACUAACAACUUAACAGGUCAGAUACAACGAAUAUUUCUGACAACACUGAACUCAAUUAAACUCAGGACUUCUCUGAAAACAACAGCCAAGAUUGAUCAAGGAUAUACACUUUUUUAUCCUUUCCUUUUUUUUUUUUUGAAAAUUCGCAAUGAAAAGAAAGAAGAAAUUGGAUAAAGAGAUGGAAAUAAAACAAUAUAUAUGUAUAUAAUUCAUCAAUAACCAAUGACAGGAUAAAUAUUUGAUUGUAAAACGGCAGGACACAAAAAAUAACCCAAAAAUCUGAGAAAUAUAUUUGAGGAAAAAAAGGAAGACAAGUGACACAAACUCACAGAUAACAUCCCACUCUCCUCCCCAGAAUAUUAUCAACCAAUCAACAAACACAUUAAGUUUUUCCCAGAAUGCUACAUUUCAAGAAAAUGGUUAAAAUAAUAAAUAUAAAGAAAACAAAAUAAUUUUAAUGGAAAAUUUUGUAUGAAAUGGAAAUUGUAACAGCCAAUAACUAUACAGGACCUACUCUGAAGUAUUUCUGAAAUAUCUGAAGAUGGUCAGAUACAGAGAAAUGUGAAUCUGUUUGCUUACAUAUACAUUCAUAUUCCUAUAUAUAAAUACAGUGUGUACAGAAAAAAUCUAUACAUAUUCAUCAAUAUAUGUAUAUAUAAAUAUAUCUAUAUAUAUAUCAAGAGAGAGAGAAACAAACACGGAUAUUAUAUACAUAUUCGCAAAAAAAAAAAAAAGGAAAAUAGAUGUAUCGCUAUCUGUAUUUCUAGAAACACGAUAACAUAAGAACAAUGAACAUGAACGAGGAAUCGGAAUCUGUGCCAAGCAAUGGCAGUCUUCCAGAAAUGCUUACAGUCACCAUACUUUCCACAUUUAAUGACAGCAUGGGAGAAAACAGUGAAAGAGCAGCACAGGUAUUUCGGGCACAUUCUUUAAUUGUCUCGAUGUUUGCUUUGGCUUUCACAGCGGUGGUUGGAUUCCUCAGCAGUAGUGUUGUAAUUACAACAUUGGCCAUUGGCCGUCUGAUAAAGGAUCACUACUACAUUCUGCUAGCUACGCUCCUCAUAAUUGCCAUCAUUUUCAAUGUGAUAUGGUCACCAUUGGAGAUCAUUUGUCUACUGAUGUAUCAUAAUGGUAACACAUUGUUCCUGUCUAUGAAGGAGACAACACAUUCAUUAUUUCUACUCUUAAUCGCAACCAAGGCUGGACUGUUGUUUUUGAUAGCUCUUUGGUUCUUACUGAGUGAAUAUGGUUGCUCAAAAGCCUGUCGAAAGUUCUUAGUUUAUAUUGGGCUUCCAUUGGUUUUAAGCAUAGGAUUUGCUGUUGGUAUUUUGUAUGGUGUGCUAUCAUAUUCAUACGAACUAUCUGCAGACAGCCAAUCAUUUUAUCACAUCCUCAAUAGUAAGUCUUACCUUAUGAAGAUCCUGGUGCUUACCAUAUUAAUUGGCUUAUUGCUCAUUAAAUGCCUUCUGUUUCUGGCAGUAAAACUCAAACAGAAGACAAUAGAAAAACCCAGAGCAAACUCUGUAGCUUCCACAUCCGAACACUCCAUAACCCUGCCUACGUUGACUCCAAGUGAUUCUGGUGGCGAGUACAAAGAGCUGAAAUCAAAACCAUUGCGAAAAAAUUCCCAUCCUCCAAACCAGUUACUUGUAAGCAAUAAUCCAUCAGGAGUGACACAAGGUGAUCCACAAACACAUAAGAAGAAUAGCUUCAGCUUUAAUUCAGGAGCAUUCCUGCAAAUGUUCGGUCGAAGGCGGCACACAAUCUGCCAAUUUGGAGAAAUUGGUGACAAUGGCUACACAGACCACCAGACCCAGGCGCAAGGAUAUCAAUAUGUCCGGAAGUUUUCGGUAGAUAUCGCAGCAUUGCAGGCCCAAUUGGAAGAUCCAAAAAGCCAUAGCAGUAUAUCAUCAUUCAAAUCUGCUGAAGAUCUGCCACCAAAUCCAUUUCAACAGCCAAGUAUUCGGACACCGUCCAGCAUCGAGGAAGCAUCAACAUCAUUUAAAUCAAUUGGCAAAAAGUCUUCUGCACCACCACGAAUCACGGUUGAAUCAGUGGUGGAAGAAGAAUCACACCCAUCAAUCAGCAAGGAGAUCCAUAACGUAAGCAUGACCCAGUGUUACAAGACCUGCGUCAUCUUGCUCAUCAGCUUCCUUGUUUCUAUAAUGCCAAUCUAUCUAACAGAGGCCAUUCGUAGUCUCAUUUCUGUGGAUUCUUACAUCAACAGCCUCAUCUGUACCACAGCUCUAUCUGGUCUCUCAACAGUUAUCUUCCCCCUUACAGUUAUUUUCACAGAUGCCACAGUUUACAAAGCCUUUCGUACUAUGCUCAGCCAGUGCUGCCUCGGAGCUGACAAAGACACUGCUCUGAAAGAAACUCAGUCAAUGUUACCUUCAGUAGUACCGUCAGACAGCAGAAUCAGUCAACUCUAGAAUAUUCUACAAAGAUCUUGUAUGGUUGGUUUCUCCAUGCAGCUCCAUCAUGGGAUCUCAGAAAUGUCAACAUUAACAUAAUUUAUGUAUGAAAUAUACUAUGUCCACAUCCCAUACUGGAAAUACGAAUAAAACAUUUCAUACAAGAAUGUAUAUAUAUCCGUACAUGUGGAGGGUGGGGGUGCAUGCGUGCGCUGUAAAAUUGGCUGUAAGACCUCAUUGAAUAAAGACAGUGAGCCAGUUUCAAUCCUCAAGUGAGAUGCUAACAUUCCUUGUGAAAAAUUCCCUACAUACUUUCAUCUAUAAACUCCAAUGACAAUACAUAUAUAUAUAUAUAUAUAUAUAUAUAUAUAUAUUCUAUAUAUACACAUACUUACAUAUAUAUAUUUGAACAAAGGGUGGGGUGCAUAUUGGAUUAUCUUUGAUUCUUUCAUUUUUUUCUUUUUUCCUCAAAAAAAAAUUUCUAAAUUGUUCAUCACAUUGUUGAUUCUCUAAAGAACCCUUAUUGAAAUGUAUUAAAUGAAGCCAGGUACAGACUAUGUAAUCAGGGCAGUAUUAUUGUUGCAGAACUUCAAUUAAUGUAAUCUGACACUGAAUAUUUGCAGCACAGCAGCAAAGUUGUAAAAGAAAAAUAUUUGAAAUU